AUGGUCAACAGAUUCAAGAUUGGCAAAAACAAAAAGGCCGCCAAGGCUCAAAAAACAAAGGUGCCGCCCAAGGCUCUUCCAGUGACUCUACUCUCUGGUUUCCUGGGAUCUGGUAAAACAACUCUUCUGCAACACAUCCUCAGGAGCAACCACGGCCUUCGCAUCGCCGUCGUCGUCAACGACAUUGGCGCCAUCAAUGUCGACGCUUCUCUGAUCAAACAAACCCACCGCCUCACAAAAACAAACGAAAAAGUCAUUGCCCUGCAAAAUGGCUGCAUCUGCUGCACCCUUCGCGGCGACCUGCUCGAGGAGCUCGUCCGUCUCGCCCAGCUACAGAGCUUCGACUACAUCAUCAUUGAGAGCAGCGGGAUCAGCGAGCCCGAGCAGGUGGCCGAGACAUUUGACAACAGGCUUGCAGAACAGAUGAGCCAGCUCGUGGACGAGGGUGGCGAGGGCCUCGACGAUGAUAUGAUGAAGGUGCUCGAGCAGCUAAAGGAAGCUGGAGGCCUGGAAAAGUUUGCCAAGCUGGACACCACAGUUACCGUUAUUGACACUUUCACCAUGCUGCACGACUUUGACACUGCAGAUCUCAUCUCGGCUCGUCGCGAUGAUGUGACCCCCGAAGAUGAGCGCACAGUCUCCGACCUGAUGGUCGACCAGAUUGAGUUUGCCGAUAUCAUCAUUCUCAAUAAAAUUGACAUGGUUGCGAAGGAGACAAGAACCCGCAUCGUGGACCUCGUCAAGAAGCUCAACCACCGCGCCAAGAUUAUAGAGGCCAACUAUGGCAAGGUCGACGUCAAGCAGCUCGUCAACACCGGUCUUUUCAAAAUGGACGUUGCUCAGACUGGUUACGGCUGGCUGCAGGACCUGCACGCCAUGACGGUCCGCGAGGUCAACGGCAAGAAGGUUGUCACCCCCAAACCCGAAACGGAAGAAUACAACGUCCAGAGCUUCAUCUACUCACGCCAUCGCCCCUUUCACCCCCGCCGCUUGUUUGCGCUUCUAUACGACAAAUUUAUCCUGCAGCUUGAGCAGCCCGAGGAUGACGAAGAGGAAGAUGAUGACGACGACGAUGAAGAUGAAGAUGAGGAGAUGGAGGACGUCGAGCAGGACGAUGCUCAGAGCGUCGGGUCCUCCAACAACUCCGCCAAAGAAGGCUCUGCGUACUCUGCAGGCAGCUCGAAUUCGACCGCCCACACCGUUCCCUCCCCGCGUCCUUCAGAGAAGAAACUGCACUCCACAACCCAGAAAACAGCCACCGCCGCAAUCGGCAGCACAGCAGAGGACACCAUGGCCGUCGACCCGCUCGACAUGCCUCCCAACGAUGAGAUUCUCGCCAACAAGCGCGCUCAUCCCACCUUUUCGCGGCUCUUCCGCUCCAAGGGCGAGUUUCUGCUGGCGACGCGGCCGCACCGCGCGGGCGACUGGUCGCAGGCCGGCGCCAUGCUGACCAUGGCCGGCGGCCGCCCCUGGUUCUGCACGCUUCCCACCGAGGAGUACACAACGGGCGACCCGGAGGUCGACGCGCUCGUGCAGCACGACAUCAGCAAGGGCGGCGAGUGGGGGGACCGUCGCCAGGAGCUCGUCUUCAUCGGCGAGGGGCUCGACCACGAAGGCGUCGAGCGCCUGCUGGACCAGUGUCUGCUGACGGACGACGAGUUUGCCAACUGGGAGCGCGUGAUGCGCGAUCCGGCGCACGGCGAGGACCUGGAAAAGUUGAAAGAGGCCCUGCGGGAGCUCUUUGACGACGGGUUCCCAGACUGGGCUGGCGAGCCGGGCGACGAGGACGAUGAGCAUGCUGGACACAACCACAACCAUGCGCUGGGCAUGAGCGGCGUGAGAUCCAUUAGGCAAGCUUUUGAGGAGGUUUCUUGA